AUGAGCAGUGAAAGUGUGUUCUGUUUGGCGUUCGAUCCGACCGGCACCCUGUUGGUUUCGGGUGGACAGGACCAUGUGGCUAUUGUUUGGAACGUGGAGACAAAACAGAUCGUGUUCAAAACAGAAGGUCAUCAGGACUCCGUUACCCAAGUGGCAUUCAGUCCCGAUGGAGCCUAUCUAGCGACUGGUGAUAUGGCCGGUGGUAUUCGUGUCUGGCUGAAACCCACUGAGAUUUCAUCCUCCAGCACUACUCAAUGGGCCUUACUCAUGUCCGAGACCGUUGGUGAUUUGCUCUGGUUACGUUGGUGGCAACCCGUACCCAGUGCUGGACAGAAAAAAGAGGUCACUAGUAUAUGUACAUCGCCCAGACCGGCAGUUUUGACUGCAGGUGAUGAAGAUGGCCUGGUAGCCGUAUGGUCUGUGGUCCCUCCGAAUCCACGUACCUCCCAGGUGACUGCACCGAAGGUGAAAUAUCUUGCUGGGUCCGGUUUUUCGGCUACGGCCGGCCUAUUCUAUCUUCCGUUCAUCCAAAGCGAUCGACCGAAGCUUGUGGUACUCUACAGAGAUACUGUUUUACGUCUUUGGGAUUUGAAGACGGAAGAGGUGCUGACUUCCGUACGCCUCGUGACCACAAAUCAAACAGACCAAUCGGAGGAGGAGGCGGAACAGAUCGAGAACAAGGAUGAAGGGUCUGUGUUUUGUUUGGCCCAACCACACCCGGGCACCGAAUCGGUACAACCACAAUCUGACCUAGUUGUUGUCGGAGGUAUGAAUUGUUUGUGGCUGGCCGUUAUCAAGGCAGACAAACAGACAGCCUCGUUUUCUUCGAAGUGUCUACCGCCGAUUGAGUUGGAAGAUUGUGGCUCUGUCGAGACGGUGGACUUUUCGUGGACUCAUUCAUUUUUCGCCUUCGGCACCGUGUCCGGCGUCAUUGGGAUUGUGGAUACCACUCCAAUGCGGGUUCGCCAAAAAUGGACAUACAGCGGUUUCACAGAUGAGGAAAACGAAGGUGCUGGAAUCACUGCACUUCUAUGGAGUCAAACUGCACCAAUCCUGUUUACAUCCACAUCAGAUGGGGCAGUGGUUUCCUGGCCGGGCCUAUCCGGCUCGUUGGAACUUGGCGGGUCUUCUGGUAUCGCAUCCGGUCCAUCACCACUGCAUGUUUGGUUGGGUCAUCAGGCUAUGAUAUUGGAUUUGGCUAUCACAACGGGUAGCGACAACACUACCGCCAGCACAAUAAAACUACCAGAACAGGCAAGGGCUCGACAACUCCCGUCGGAAAAACUCAUCGCGUCCGCCUCGGACGAUGCCACUGUCCGUAUCUAUUCGCCGAUCAAUAAAAAUGAUUGCACAUGUGAUCAGGUUGUUCUUCCCGAAUACCGGCGUCGUCGACUUGGUAUCACAGGCCGAAGUUCACGUCCAGUCUCAAGCACCGAAACACGGCAGGGUCUGUACGCCUUCUUGAAGCACGUCGAUCAAUUCCGACCGAAAUACGACGAGGAACGAGUCGUAACCCCAACGCAAGCUUACGCGGAGACCGCGAGAUUUGGUGGUCUCAACGUGCUGCCACCAUAG